GGGGGCAGGACGCACAAACAACAGACCCGUGUCCACACGUGAAAGCCGCUGACCGGGACGCUCUCAAGAUGUACCGACUGGCCCUGGUGGCACUUGCAGCUCUGCUCUGCACUACAAACUCCGUCAGUGGAGGUAAUGUCCUGGUGUUUCCUCUGGAUGGAAGCCACUGGAUCAAUAUGAAAGUCAUCAUCGAGGAGCUGCACUCCAGAGGCCAUGAGAUCACAGUGAUGAGACCUCCAGACAGCUGGUACAUCAAGCCGGAGUCGCCACACUACAAAUCCAUAACUCUUAAUUCUUCUGGCGGAUUUGAUGAGGAGCAGUUCGGGGAGUUUGUAGCAACAAUGAUCAAGAUGAGACGAGAGGGCGCAUCGCUGUGGGCUCGUCUGUCUCUGGAGUAUGAACUGGUGCAGCAGUUCUAUGAGAUGCACAGGCUUCUACUGAUUAUGGUGGAAGAAUUAUUUGAGAAUACAGAGAUGAUGCAGAGCCUUCAGGAUGCCAAAUAUGACUUGCUUCUGACAGACCCGGGAAUUGGUGCAGGGGUGCUUCUUGGUCACCGUUUGGGUCUUCCACUGGUCUUCAAUGUCAGGUGGACUAUCCAGGGCGAGGGACAUUUUGCAAUUGCACCGUCCCCACUCUCCUACGUUCCAGUGCCAAUUGGAGAACUGACCGACAAGAUGACCUUUUCCCAGAGGGUCAAAAACGUCCUGAUCUAUCUUUUUUCACAUUUACAAAUUAUGUAUGUCACAGAUCCAAACUACAUCCCCUUCGUCCACAAGCACUUUGGAAAGGAUGUACAUUACAUGGAGCUGUUCCAGGCAGCAGACAUCUGGCUGAUGAGGAACGACUUCAUCUUUGAGUUCCCACGACCCACAAUGCCAAAUGUCGUCUACAUGUCAGGAUUCCAGUGCAAACCCUCCAAACCCCUGUCCAAAGAGCUGGAGGACUUUGUCCAGAGCUCUGGUGAGCACGGAGUCAUCGUUAUGACUUUAGGAACCCUGGUAGAAAAACUUCCCAAGGACAUCACUGAGGAUAUCGCUGCUGCUUUCGCCCAGCUCCCUCAGAAGGUCAUCUGGAGGCACAAAGGACAAAGACCAUCCACCCUGGGCAACAACACCUUAAUGCUGGACUGGCUGCCUCAAAAUGAUCUCCUGGGUCACCCAAAGACCAGAGUCUUUGUGGCCCAUGGAGGCACCAACGGAAUCCAGGAGGCCAUCUACCACGGCGUUCCCCUCGUUGGGCUACCGCUCAUGUUUGACCAACAGGACAAUUUCUCAAGGAUGAAAGCCAGAGGUGUGGCCAAAGUCCUGGACAUUGCAACUGUGAACAAGGACAACUUCCUGGAAGCUGUGAAGGAGGUCCUCUAUGAACCGUCCUACAGAGAGAAGAUGAAGACAAUGUCCAACCUGCAGAGGGAUCAGCCCAUGAAACCACUAGACCGGGCCAUGUUCUGGAUUGAGUUUGUCAUGAGACACAAGGGGGCCAAGCAUCUGAGGACCGAGUCCUACAAGAUGUCCACCAUCCAGUACCACUCCAUCGAUGUGAUGGCGUUCCUGUUGGCAGUUAUUCUGAUAUUACUGACACUUGUCAUCGCUGUGGUGAGGUUUUUGUGGCGGAGAGUGUUUUGUAGAACCAAAAUCAAAAAGGAAUGAUGAAUCAGUGCAUUCUUUUUACUUUGCAUUUUCUUAAUUUGAUUUCUUGCAGGAAUAGAAUAACAUUUA